AUGAGCAAGAUGUCAGAGGAGGAGGAGUUUUUUCUGUUCAAGAACAUCUCCUUGGUGGGGCCGUGGGAUGGGCCUCAGUACCACCUACCCGUCUGGGCCUUCCACCUCCAGGCAGCCUUCACGGGCUUUGUCGUCUCUGUAGGGAUGCCACUCAAUGCCACAGUGCUGGUGGCCACACUGCGCUACAGAAAGUUGCGGCAGCCACUCAACUAUAUUCUGGUCAAUGUAUCCCUGGGGGGCUUCAUCUACUGCAUCUUCUCUUUCGUCUUCAUCACCAGCUGUCAUGAAUACUUUGUCUUCGGCCGCCAUGUUUGUGCUCUGGAGGCCUUCCUGGGCUGUACAGCAGGUCUGGUGACAGGCUGGUCCCUGGCCUUCUUGGCCUUUGAGCGCUACAUCAUCAUCUGUAAGCCCUUCGGCAACUUCCACUUCAGCUCCAAGCAUGCACUGACGGUGGUCCUGGCCACCUGGACCAUUGGUAUUGGUGUCUCCAUCCCACCCUUCUUUGGCUGGAGCCGGUUCGUCCCUGAGGGUCUUCAGUGUUCCUGCGGUCCCGACUGGUACACCGUGGGCACCAAAUAUUACAGCGAGUACUAUACCUGGUUCCUCUUCAUUUUCUGCUACAUUGUGCCUCUCUCCCUCAUCUGCUUCUCCUACUCUCAGCUGCUGGGGGUCUUCAGAGCUGUUGCAGCUCAGCAGCAGGAGUCAGCUACAACCCAGAAAGCUGAGCGGGAGGUGAGCCACACGGUGGUGAUGAUGGUGGGAUCCUUCUGUCUCUGUUGCACGCCCUAUGCUGCCCUGGCCAUGUAUAUAGUCAACAACCGUAACCACGGGGUGGACUUACGGUUUGUCACCAUUCCUGCCUUCUUCUCCAAGAGUGCUUGCGUCUACAAUCCCAUCAUCUACUGCUUCAUGAAUAAGUAGUUCCGAGCUUGCAUCAUGGAGAUGGUGUGUGGAAAGCCCAUGACAGAUGAGUCCGACAUGUCUAGCUCCCAGAAAAUGGAAGUUUCUACCGUCUCUUCUAGCCAAGUUGGCCCCAACUAA